AUGAAGUCGAUCACCCCGUUUCUUUCCCUUUUGGCCUUUCUCCUCCUCUCCGCACAAGCAUACGAAGUGCUCCUCUGUGAACAGCAACCCGAGUUGUGCAAUUUGCUCGCCGUCGAACGCGAUUCCCGACUCCCGAUCUCUGAUGUGCCAAAGCAUGCUGAGAAACGAGCCUAUGACUUUGUGCGUUUCGGACGCUCUGACCCAGCAAUUGGCAAGGAAAAGAAAAACUCCUACGAUUACAUUCGCUUCGGCAAGCGAUCUGCUGGAUUGUUGGCUGAGGAUUUGGUGAAAUUU